AAGCAGCUCAUCAAACAGUGAGGAGGAGGAGCAUAAGAAACAUCGAAAUGAAAAUAAUUUAAUUUCCUCACUCACUCUCUUCUCUCUUCUUCUUCACCUAAACUCUUUUUUCACACAACAAAAACCAAACCCACCCACCCAAACAAAACAAAUCUCAAAGGGGCGACGAUCAUUGCGAUGUUCAUUGCUCUCUCUACAUAUUCCAUCAUUUUCUAGGGUUCACAUUUUCUCCAUCUUACAAUCAAUCAAAUUUCUCCUUCCCAAAUUCAGAUUUCAUUUCCAGGUAUUAUUAUUAUACAUUGUAGUUGGUUCAGGAGAAUAUGGCUACAACCAUACCUAAUUCAUUGUUAAAGUAUUCUGGAACAUCAUCCAUUUCGGAUCUUUUACAAAGUUCAAGUAAUGGUGUUAAUGGUGUACCGUUGAAAUCAUUGGGAAAGACUACAAGAUUAGGUUCUUCUUCUUUGAUUAGAAGAAGGGAUUUGAGUGUUUCAGCUUUGAUUAAGAAAGGGAAGAAAAAAGAUGAACAUCCAUGGCCAGAGGAUGCGGAUCCAAAUGUUAAAGGUGGUGUUUUGAGCCAUCUUUCACAUUUUAAGCCUUUGAAAACUAAACCUAAACCGGUUACUUUGGAUUUUGAGAGACCACUUAUGGAUCUGGAGAAGAAGAUUAUUGAUGUGCGGAAAAUGGCACAGGAAACUGGUUUGGAUUUUAGUGAUCAGAUCAUUAUGUUGCAGAACAAGUAUGAGCAGGCUCUAAAAGAUCUCUACACGCAUCUGACUCCUAUACAGCGGGUUAAUAUUGCCCGACAUCCUAACAGGCCAACUUUUCUUGAUCACGUUAUAAACAUUACUGACAAGUGGGUAGAGCUUCAUGGAGAUCGAGCAGGUUAUGACGAUCCAGCUAUUGUUACUGGUCUUGGAACCAUAGAUGGGCAAAGGUACAUGUUCAUUGGUCAACAGAAGGGUAGAAACACAAAGGAAAAUAUUCAACGCAAUUUUGGGAUGCCUACUCCUCAUGGUUACCGGAAGGCUCUUCGCAUGAUGUAUUAUGCUGAUCAUCAUGGCUUUCCCAUUAUCACUUUCAUUGACACACCAGGCGCUUAUGCAGAUCUUAGAUCCGAAGAACUAGGCCAAGGUGAGGCCAUCGCCUACAAUCUGAGGACUAUGUUUGGUCUUAAGGUUCCAAUUGUUUCCAUCGUUAUUGGAGAAGGUGGCUCUGGUGGUGCUCUGGCCAUUGGAUGUGCUAACAAAUUACUAAUGAUGGAAAAUGCAGUUUUCUUUGUUGCCAGCCCAGAAGCAUGUGCAGCAAUUUUAUGGAAGAGUGCCAAAGCUUCGCCUAAGGCAGCUGAGAAGUUGAAGAUAACUGCUCCGGAGUUGUGUAAGCUGGGAAUUUGUGAUGGCAUAAUUCCUGAACCUCUCGGUGGAGCACAUGCUGAUUCAGCUUGGACUUCACAGCAGAUCAAAAUUGCAAUUACUGAAGCAAUGGCUGAGCUCAAGAAGAUGGAUAUACCAGAGCUUUUGAACCACCGGAUGCUCAAGUUCCGUUCUUUGGGUGGUUUCCAAGAAGGGUUACCAGUAGAACCUGAAAAGAAAGUCAACAUGAAGCAGAAAGAGGAGCCCAUCAUUCAAAGGGAAGAAAUUAGCAAGUCUUCAGACAUCGAAUUAGAGGGUGAGGUAGAAAAGCUGAGAGAGCAAAUUAUGAAGGCCAGGGAAUCAUCUACCGAGCUUCCUAAGCUGGGUAUAGAUGAGAUGAUCGAGAAAUUGAAAAGGGAGGUUGAUCAGGAAUACGCUGAAGCUGCUAAAGCAAUGGGUUUAACCGACAGCCUGAACAAGUUGCGCGAUGAGUUUCUAAAGUCAAGGAAAUCAUCAGAGCAAGCAAUGGACCCUAGUUUGGUGGAAAAGAUUGAGAAACUUAAAGCGGACUUCAAUCUGGGUCUGUCAGAGGCUCCAAACUAUGCAAGUUUGACGUAUAAACUUGACAUGCUGAAGGAAAUAUCGAAAGCCAAGAAACUCUCAGAGCAGAACGAAAAAGCAAUGACACUUAAACAGGAAUUCAAUAAGAGAUUCAAAGAAGUCAUGAACCGUGCUGAUGUGAAGAAGAAGAUUGAGGCACUCGAGGCUGAUAUUGCAAGUGCUCGGGGUUCCAAGGAUGAGGCGUUGGUUAAAGCAUUGAAGGAGAAAAUUGUAAAGGUGAAGAAGGAAGUAGAAUUUGAAUUGGCUGAUGUUCUCAAGUCUUUACGAUUGGAUGUUGAUGUUGUAAAAUCAAAAACGAAAGCCUUGAAUGAGCAAAUCCCACUUCCGGACAUCAAGUACAGAAUUGAUGAAUUGAACGAGGACAUUAAUGAAGGAAUAGAAGAAGCUAUCAGCUCGACAGAUCUUAAGAAUAAGAUAGAGCUUCUGAAACUGGAGAUGGUGAAGGCAGGAAAAACUCCUGAUGCAGAGACAAAAAAUAAGAUAGAUGCUCUGAAGCAGCAGAUCAAGCAGAAGCUUGCGGAGGUCCUGGCUUCCUCAUCGUUGGUUGAGAAACAUGCAAAUCUGAAAGAGGAGAUUGCACAAGCUGUGGAAAAUUCUGGAGAUUCUGAUGAGAGUAUUUUGAAGGAAGACUUGAGAUAUGGUGAUUCAGGUGUGGGAAUUGCUGCUGGCCGUAUCUAUAGUUAAUAGAUGAUUACAAACUCCAGACUGAAAUUGUUCUUCACUGAAUCACAUUACUCGAGAGUCUUAUGAACGGUGCCAGGUACCACUUCCAUCAUCUCCGUUCACUGCAGCUUAUGGUUCUGUAUUGUAGAAUUCGAAGACGUCACAUAUCUAUUCGGAGCACGAGAUAAGUGUAGGCAGACUAGCUCUACUAGAUUCUAAGACUCUCCUCCUUUUUUUUUUCUAUGUUGUUUCCUCUUUUAAGUUAUUUUGUUCAUUUGUCCCAUUUUUGCCAGAUUCUAUGUUAUAAUAGUUCCUUGUGAUAGUCAUGCAAAACUCUGUAUAGAUUUUAUGGUUUGAGGAAACUUAACAAGAAGAAACUUCAAUAAUAACUGUUAUUAGAUUUGAGUGGUUUGGCUGGGGGUUUCUUAACAGAUCAUACUCAUGUUUUUUUUAUAUAUAAAAUAAGUAGUAUGAG